AUAUAUAACCUUUUCUAAUUCACUAUACGUUGUUCUGUAUUGAAUGCAAUUUUUAUUUCUUUGUUCGCACUUUUAGGUCUUGCUGUAAGGUCUUGCUGUAGGUCUUGCUGUACCUUUUUAUAGGUUUAGGUCUUGCUGUACCUUUUAUGUACCCCACUAAUGGUAGAAAGCUCCCUUGACAGUUUGACACUCUGGGACCUCCUGAUGCUGUAUGUAUUAUGUAAGCCCGUAUUUGUACAUGCAAUAACAACAAAUAAACUUGAACUUGCGUAGCACAAAGAAGGAAAAAAAAAACGCAUGGAGCUUACCGUCCAGGUAGCGAGCCCUCGAGCCGAGCUGGUUGAGGCGAUUCUUGGGCCUGCGCCGUGCCAGCCGCGUGCUGAAGCCGAAGAUGUCAGCCAAGCCGCCAGCUUGGCAGGCAUGACGGCGGGCAAGGAGGCGCGCAGCUCGGGUUCCGCUCACGGCGGCAAUUUCAACGUGGCAAUUUUCGCGGCCCUCACCACCGGUGUCACCGUGGGUAUUGUGCUGCGCUUCCUGUCCACGAAGCCAUGGCCGUCACGCCACGACUGUAUUUCCGGAUAACAUCGUGGAAACAUUUAUACACUCAGACGCAGAUGAACCAGUGCCCUUUCCGAACAAGACUGGCUUGCACGUCGCCAGUUCUUCGAGGCUUGUCGGUCACCAGGGGAGCUUGUUGAUUUUCUGCGCCAUGCUGGGCUUUGUCCUGUCGGCUCACGGAGGCAGCGGUACGCUCCUGGGUUUCUUCAUCGGCUUCAGCAACGCCAUGAUGUACCUGGUGCACUUCAUACUUGUGUACGCACCCUUCGGGCUGUUCUUCGCCACGGCCGCCUACGUCGUGCAGACACGAAACCUGCAGCCCGUGGUGUCUUAUUUCGGCCUGUACCUGUUCACCGUGGUGCUGUCUCUCGCCAUGCACGCACUGCUCGUGCUUCCGCUCGUGGCCGCGUCCACCACGAAGCGCACCUUCCGCGGACUGUUGCACAACGCGGCCACCCCGCUGGCGGUGGCCUUCAAUGCCGUCUCGAGCAGCGAGACCGUGCCGGCCACCAUCGCUGCGCUCGAGGAGCGCCUCAACCUGGACACCAAGAUAGUGCGACUCUUGGUUCCCAUGGCGGCCGUAUUCAAUACGGACGGUACCUCCAUUUACAUCACCAUCAGCGCCCUGUUUUUCGCCCAAACCAAGUCCGACUACAUUGACCUGCACACGAUCUUCCUAAUCUGUGCCCUGUCUAUGCUGUGCAGCAUGGCGACGCCCACGGGAGGAGGUCCCAGUUACCUGAGGCUCCGUCUGAUCCACGAAGUCGUCGGAAUUCCGACGGAUAACAUCAGCAUUCUCUUCGUCACAGACUGGAUUGGAAGCCGCCUGGCGACCGUAGUGGACGUGCUGACGGGUCUCAUUGGCGUCCACGUGGUGCAGCAUUAUUGCGGCUUGGAAGGAUCGCCCACCACGGAAGACGCGCAUAGAGAGCUGGCGCACUAGAACGGCCCUCUCUAGGAGAGCGACCUUAAUUUGAUGGACGUUUGGUCUCUGAUUUAAUGGGAUACCCGUGAUAAGAACUGUGCACUUUGAAUGAAAACAGACUGACUAGUUGAACGUGGUGUUGGUUGACCUUGGUAUCCAAAAGCAACGCUGGGUUUUAGACGCCGUACGGUUGGGAAUUUCGGAAUGAUCUCGAGCACCGGGAUUUUUUUAAAGUUCCGCGG